AUUGAAUAUGUCCUUUAGCAAGUCAGAAGAAGUGGACGGAAGCCAUAACAUGAGUGACAGAUCGUUGGUAAAGAAUGGAUUUUUUAAUUAUUUGCGCGACUUCUGUCAACGCAAUAGUGCCCUGAGCUGGCCGGAAAUCGCAAGGGAGGGGGCCCGGUCCUGGAAACACCUGAGCGAGGAGGAAAAGAGUCGCUACCAAAUCAUGUCCAGCACUGACACGGACAUCGUUGCCUUGCAAAUGAACAAUAAAAUGUGCAACCAUCCAAUGGGCAGAAUGGGCGGCGGCAUGAUAAAUAAAAUUCGGCCCAAUAAAAUUCAAAAGCUCAUUUUCUCCUUGGAUGAAGACGACUUUGUGAUGGAAACGACACAGCCAAUCUGACAAUUUCACGUCCUCGUGUACUGUAAUCUUAAUAUUUCAAAUGACUUAUAAAUCCCAGAUUAUAGCUUGUGUUUUCUUUAACUCAUCAAUUUCAAAUACCAUUUAUUUAUUCGAUAUAUUAUCUUACGCUUAACAUUUUUCUCUUAUUUCAUAAUCUUUCAUUAUUUUACAUUCUACACAACAUUAUACACAAAUUUCAAUUCUAAUUCUCAUUGCAUAAUCGAAUUCAUUUUAACAUUUAAUUCAUUCCAUUUGCUUCUCAGCUAUUGAAUAACCCUAUUCUAUUAUCAAAAAAAACAUAACACAACACUGAAUUUAGUAUUUUUAUCAGACCUAUAGUCUGGUCACAUUUGAAUUUGCCUCUUUCCUUUUUUUGAAAAAGAACAAAAGUAUAAAAAUCCCGCAGGAUAUCCCCUUCUGGUUCCGGCCUCCGGUUCCUCGCUGAUUAAGUGACUUUUCGACAGGACACAACUCUGCGAUUGAAUAUGUCCUUUAGCAAGUCAGAAGAAGUGGACGGAAGCCAUAACAUGAGUGACAGAUCGUUGGUAAAGAAUGGAUUUUUUAAUUAUUUGCGCGACUUCUGUCAACGCAAUAGUGCCCUGAGCUGGCCGGAAAUCGCAAGGGAGGGGGCCCGGUCCUGGAAACACCUGAGCGAGGAGGAAA